AUGUCUGCUUUAAGCAAAAAUAGAACUAGAACAUUCAACCAGGAUUAUGGAAAUAAUUGCGAUGACUAUCGCUCGAACGACACAUCAUCGGGGAUAGGCUGGAAGAGAAAACAACAGCGAUCCUCCAAAGCCUGUAUUUGUUGUCACGACAGAAAGGUGAAGUGCGAUGUGUCUAACAAAAAAGACGGAGAAUCGUGCUCGAACUGCAGCGAGGCUGGAUCCAGCUGUGUAAUUUACGUUCGAAAGAAACGUAAAAACCAGAAAGAUCAGCUCCUAGAGUUAUAUAAGAAAUUCCGGCCAUUUUCCAAUACGUGGGCCUCUCCCCCCAAUUUCAUCAAGCAAAGUCUUCAGCGCGAGCUACCAGAUCUCAACGUCAUUCAGCUGGAUCCCAAUGUCGUUCUCAAAGAAAAUCUGGCUUCUCUUGUGCGCCGGGAGCACUCUUUUUCAAACGAGACCGCUAAUUACAUCCACGAUAUUAUCGACGAACUCAUCGCGGAGGACCGAAAGGAGAAUCGAACUCGCGCAUACCAACUUGACGAGAUGGACUUUCAAACCCUCAGCUUGUAUGGCUGUUUCAAUCUCCCCGAUGAGGCUACCUGCUGGAAAUAUAUUGGCAAUUAUUUCAGGUAUUUAAAUCCGCAGCUACCAAUUAUUGAUAAAAACCAGUUUUACAAAGAUUACCACGACCUUAGAGACCCACCGUCGCUGAUGCUGCUUUUUGCUGUUCUGUACGUUGGUGCUCGACACAGUGAUACGGCAGACACCAAUGAUGAGGAAAGGCGGAUCCUUACCGACGCGUCUGAGGUGCUAUUUAAGCGUGCCAAGGCUUUGUUCGAUCUAUCCAUCGAGACUGAACCUCUUCCGCUAAUUCAAUCGUUACUCUGUUUUAUGUGGAAUUACGAGAAUUACUCGAUGUUUUCCAAGAAUGAUUACUAUUGGACGAAAAUCGCUAUUCAGUAUGGACAACAAUUUGGAUUACACAGAGAUAACGAUAACAGCUCUCUCUUGACCUCCUAUGAGAAGAGGAUGUACAAACGAUUGUUUUGGUGCCUUUUUAUCAAGGACAGGCUGAUUGGUCUCGGAUUUGGCAGGCCUUUCAUGUUGAGCCUCGAGGAUUGUGAUGUUAAAACGCUAAACGAUGAUGACCUAUUGGACUCUGAUCUCACUGCUGAGGAGAGGUCUUAUUUUACUAGCUUCAUCGGGUUUGCCCUACUAGUAGGCAAUGUGGUUACGGAACAAGCAAAGAUGAACCAAUUGGUUGAAUCAGGAAAGUCACCGCUAUUCAUAAUACGGGAUUGUGACACGCUCUUGAUGAAUUGGCUUGCCACUGUGCCUUAUCACUUAAAAUUCAAAAUUGACGAUCCGUCUACACAAUCGCUUCUUAGUGGAAUUCUGACUUCUCAGUAUUACACAUUACUUACACUUGUUCACAAAGCGAACAUCCAUAGAGGGAUGGGACAGGUAUAUCCUUCGUGGGCUAUUUCUUUCCAAGCUUCUCAAAUGAUCAAACUAAUUGCAGAUUCAUUAAUCAACAAGGGUUUUGCGUUUCACGUAGCGAUGAUCACACAUAACACUCUAUUUGCACCCGCAAUUAUUAUGCUUUAUCAUUUGAAGAACGAAGAUGAACAGAUUGCACGCAUCUCAAAACAGUUCUUUCUAAAGAUUUUAGAUGUGUGGAAGCACGUCUCCAUUAAGUGGCCCACAUGCCGACAGAUGUGGUUCAUUUUUGAUAAACUCUAUCACAGUGAAGAAAAGAAGAAUGCGUUGCUUCACUCGCUGGUACGCCAAUCAAAAUCCACCAAUACGAUAAUUGCAACGUCUAACGAUAUUGUUCUACCGCAACCAAGAUUUCUGAAAUCCUCGUACACAACAGAAGGGUUCAUUGCCGGUGAGCUGGGAGAGAAAGGCCCAAAAUUUGGCGCCUUUCGCGAAUCCCGGUCUUCGAAAUUGAAAAGCCUGAGCACAUUAGAUAUUGAACUUGACAGAUUGUUCACCAACAACGUGUUUUCAGAGUCAAAAGGUCUUCUUCCAAAGCUGGACCUGAACUACAUCCACUCAUCGCCCGGAGAGCCGUCAAUUGCUCGUGAGAGCGAACAAGAUGAUGCUAGGGCAUCGUCAGAGCUUCCUAUAAGCCUUUGGCUUAUGAAUGCGUCCUGGAAGCCCAACUUUAUGGACCCAGACACCGAAACAACUUUUGCAACUGCUUGCGACCAACUGACAGGCUUAAUGACGGAUAACUUCAUCCCCAAUAAUGCUUUCCCUGCUUUUGGUCCAGCCGAAAGCCAAUCGUACGGCAAUCAUUUUGGAAGUCUAUAG